UGGGCACACGCCCUCCUCCAUCGACUGUCAAGUGUGUCGAGGAGGAGAUCGUGAAUUGUUUUCAGUUUUUGUUCGCGCUUACGCCGGGAUCGCCGUUCCUCACCAGUGAGAGGCACGAUGAGCGGCUACGGACUCGCGCCGAUCUAAAAGUGCUCGAUUUUUGUGUUAAAACAAGUGUGCUAGUGCUGUGACAAUGGCUCGUCUCACCGAAGAAAUGGUGAUCGCUCGCUCGAAACAGUCGGAUUUGUCGGCGAUAAAAAAGCUCAACUGCUGGGGCGCGGAGCUCGGUGACGUCAGCCUGCUGCGGAGGAUGCCCAACGUCGAGGUUUUAGCAUUCAGCAUAAACAAGAUCCGCACCCUGGACGACUUCGCGGCGUGCCGGCGCCUGCGCGAGCUGUACGUGCGCAAGAACGAGAUCCGGGACCUGCGCGAGAUCCGGCACCUGCGGCGGCUGCCCGCCCUCACCAGCCUGUGGCUCGACGAGAACCCCUGCACCACGCAUCCACAGUACAGGAUGACCGUGCUGAGGAACCUGCCGAAUCUCGAGAAACUAGACAACGUGCCCGUCCAACCUGAAGAGGUGCAGGAGGCGAUGCGGCGCGGCUCCCUCAUCCCGGACUCCGACGACGAGGGCUACCCGCAACAGGAACAGCAAGCGUACAGCCAGUACCGGCCGCGGUCCUGCGACUCCAGCCCCUCGCGGGAGUCCAUGCCUGCCUACAGGAACGAGGGCAGCGACAGCUCCGAGGCCGAGCCGGCGCUGGCGCAGGAGCCGCCGCCGCGCGACCCGCAGCCGCGGCCGCCGUCGCGCGGCUCGCCCGACGACGACCGCUACACGCACCCCGCCAUGACCAGCUCGCACUACGAGCCGCGGCCGGCGCGCUCGCCCGACGCGCCGCUCCGCCACUCCGUCUCCGCGCACAGCGUCAAGGAGUACGCGUACCCCGCCAACGGCGAGUGUCGGUACGCGGGGGGCGGGGAGCGCGCCGCCGUGACGUCACCGCCGCACUACCACGACCCCUACUGCGAGCGGCCCGAUCGACCCGAGGCGUACCCCCAGCGCGAGUGGAACAGCGCUAGCGAGCGGGAGCGAGACAGGGAAUACCCGUCCGCCGUGAUGGCCGAGCACAGGGGCUUCACGCGCCGGCCCGUCGCCAGGAAUUCGAACCUGCUCUCGGCGGUGCUGUGCUUGGUGAAGGAGCUGGACUACCCCAGUCUGGAGGUCGCCGAGAUGGCUGUCAGAUGCCGCAUGGACGAGCUCGCGAACAGCCAGUGACCCGCGAGCCCUCCGCCGGCGGGCACGGUCUGAUGGGGAACCGACACACUGUUUUUACACAGAUUUGAACCCUAUUUCGGCCGAUUAUGGAUUUGUUACACAGAUUUAGAUCCUAUUUCGAAAUGCCGGUGUGGGAGAAUUGACUUUCAUGGGGUGGGCGCGGACCUCCGGACCGGUUCCCGACUGCGCGAGGUCACCGGUCCCCAGAAGUGCCGGUGUUUAAGUUGGACAUAGCCACGGACUGAAUACACAGUUUUAAUUAUUAUUUUUUACAAAUAUCACGACGUAUAAAUAUACAUACAUACAUACAUAUGAUCACGUCUAUAUCCCUUGCGGGGUAGACAGAGCCAACAGUCUUGAAAAGACUGAAUGGCCACGUUCAGCUAUUUGGCUUAAUGAUAGAACCGAGAUUCAAAUAGUGACAGGUUGCUAGCCCAUCGCCUAAAAGAGGAAUCCUAAGUUUAUAAGCCUAUCCCUUAGUCGCCUUUUACGACAUCCAUGGGAAAGAGAUGGAGUGGUCCUAUUCUUUUUAAACGGUUUUUUUGUAAUAGUGCCGGGAACCACACGGCACUGCCGGGAACCACACGGCACGUAUAAAUAUUAAUUUAUAAAACAAUGAACAAUUUUUGUCAUUACCGAGCUUAUUCAGAGAUUAUUUUCGAGUGUGGAAAAUGCGUCAAUUCGUUGAUAAUUUUGGUAAAAUUAUGUAAAUACGUACUCGUACUAAGUUUGGGAAAUGCAUGUUUUGGUGUAAUGUGUACAGUCAACAGCACAUCAACCUGCGCAAAUUCGUCUCUAUUGCCGCGGCUCCAUGUGGGGAAGCUUGAUAUGCGGUUGACUGUAUUUAACUGUUAUUGGUGUACGCAUACGCAUACUCUAUUUCAUUCUUUGGUUGUUAUACUAUUAAUAUUUAAACAUUCAAACACUUAUAUAAUAUUAUUAAUAUAUGUAUGUAUAAAUAUAACCUCAUUUUGUGCAAUAAGCAGACAGGCAAAUGUUGAUUAUAUUUUUAUUAAAUGAAAUGUUGAGAUUAUGAUUAUGUAGCAGAAUCUAGAUAUAACGACUUUGUUAUAUCUAGAUUCUCACUUUAUUUGCGAAGGAAAUGUUACCUUUAUAAAUUACAAGCUGUUAACCGCGUCUUCGUCCCCGUGAACAAAGAACAGGAUUUUUUUUGGAGUAUAAUUGUGAAAAUUGGGUAAUGAAAGAUCAAUUUUAAACGUAAUAAUAUUAAUAAGGUGUACAUUCGCAUGUGUAUCGUUUAAUUUAAAUAAUUGACUGAUCUAUUAACUCUCUAUACAACAUAAGACACAAUAUGAUCGGGAAUCGCUGGCUAACGUUUGUCUCUAAUUCCUACGCGAGCGAAGCUUCGUGCUAUUCGAAUAAAAAAAAAUGCAAUUGCUGGAUUUAGCUAUAGACAUGAGAUCCAGCAAGUAGCGGCUACAGGAUAGGGAACUACUGAAGUUGGUGAGCGCUGAAGUAGACCAAGGGAGAAGGUCCAGGCGGGAGGGCGCGGUGGCACGACGUCAUAACACAUUUUAAAUUUCACUAUACCAAAUAAUCAUACCUACAUAAAUAAUCAUUUAGAUUAUAUUUAUGUAGGUAUGAUUAUUUUUGUGAAAAAUAGUGCAAUCAUUGUUAUGACAAUUUUGUUUUCGUCAUUAACAAGCUUCCUGAUACUUAUAUUAGUUUUCAUUUUGAUGAUGAAUUGAUUAUUUACUUUUUGUUUUAUUUUAAAUAUUAAAUUGAGAAUAAAAUUAUUUUAUUAUUUACAUAUUUAUAAAAAAUCGGUUGGAACUCCAAUUACAAAUGUUUACUGAUUAUAAUAAAUGCAAUUUAAUUUUUUUUGUUACUGUCUCAUUGUGACUUGAUCCAUGAUAACAUGUCGGCUAAGAGCUGGUCAAGUGCGGGUGCUACUCUCAGGUGUAAUGGCGCCUUCUGGACAGUGUGUGAUGUGCCAGCUGCGACCUGAACUAAUUGUAAUUUUGAAUUUUUUUUAAUUCAAUUUUAAUGGUUAAACACAGACGAAUUGUGUUAUUUAAAGAUUGUGAUAUUUCGAUUGUUUUAAAGAUGUUUUUAUAUAAAAAUUUAAUACAAAAUAACUGUUCCGUAUUAAGUCCGAAUUUUCUUUAAAAGCAACUCGCACUAAACACAAGCACUUUGCUUACGAGCUAUGUUCUGAUGAAGCUAGCUGUCACCGGGCGCCGGCCGGUCCGCUGUUUGUGAAUACGAGUUGUAGACUAUACUAGGUACCGAAUGAAUUACAAUUAACUUGCCGUAAC